AUGGGAGAAGUAGCUCCUAUCUUUGAAUCGGUCUUAUUAAAUCUUUUGGAUUCUUUUGUUCCGCAUGUAGACUUCACAUUCUCGAAGUUGGAGAGCGAAUUUUCUUCAAACUCGUACAAUGAUGCGGAAAUGGAUGAUAUUUUGCAAAAAACUGUUCUAACAUUUCCAAAAAUGAUGGAUGAGUAUCAAAGAGUACUCAGCAUCAUUACAGAGUUUGCAACAGCUAAUCCAAAUCCAGAUGAUGCAAAGAUGAAGCGAAAAACUGAAGAAAAAGUCACAACUAUCUUACAUCUCCUUUGCAGCAAAUUCAAAUCAGAAGCUAACAGAUCAGCAGAAAAAGACUUUACAUUAAUUAGAAUCUUAUCUCCCGCGUUUCGUCCAUCUAAUUUUUAUCACUUCCAAUUUUUGCGUUCUUUGACAUUAAUCAUUCUUUCCGAUAUUAUUAAAGACAUCUUCACACGCUCGCCUAACCAGCCGGCCAUUGCAAAGCUUGUAAGCUGCGCAUUCCACAAUUGCGUUGCUACACAUAGAUUAGGACGUGUACAGAGCAAGCUUGUCUCUACAUGGGCAGAUACUAUUGGAGAAAUCUCAAAAAUCUCCUUAUCUGAGAUCUCCAUGUCUUUUGACCAAUAUAUCGAUGAUGAAAACUCUCAUUUGGUUCUAGAAUUAAUCGGAAAAAUCAAGGCAAACGAUUCAUUUGUUGAAUCAAUCCUUAUGACAGUCCAACAACAGAAAAAGAGAAAAACUUUACAAGCCCAGACACUUUCUACUCUCGCUUCCUUACUUUCUGUUGCCAAAUGCAAGACAGACCUUCUCAAAGAGUUCUUUUCAUUAGCAUGGUCCGUCAGAUCUCAAGAUGGAAUCAAAGAUGGCGCCGUUGACCUUAUUACGACUUUAUUCAACAGAUUACCAGAUGAGGCCAAGAAAGCAUCAUCAUUCUACUCUACACGUGUCUUUAAACACAUUGGAAACUCCGCAAAAUUAAAUCGUACUGCAAAUGCCUUCCUUCGCUUAAUACAAGGCGAUAUCAGCAAGAUUAAUUACGUUAGUGAGCUCGAUGAGCUUAAAUACAUCUCUUCUGCCGGUCAACAAUUCGAUAAAGAGCCAUUUGCAACAACUUUCAUGAAAACGUUCUUCGUAAAGUCAUCGUUCGACGGCUGUCCCGACAUUUCCAUACAAAUCCUUGUACAACUCGCUGCUUGCGACUUCAAAUUAUUUAAUUCUACAAUUUUACCGCAAUUUAUGAAACUUAAAUGCGACGAUAUCAGGUUUGCCGUCAUCCUACAUGCCUGCGCGUACAUACAAUCGAAGGAAUUCGAGAAACACGCCGCAUGCAAACCAUCAAAGGAUCAAUACCAAGAAAUGAACAGCCAAAUUAGAUCGGCCGUCCUCGGAUCGAUCAGUGGCCUCGAGGGAUACAUUCGUACCGAGAAAUUCGUGGCCAGAAUCGCUGAUUCCGUAUCAAAUUAUUUUGAUGAGUCGGAUAUCAUCGUUGCUGACUUUAUUAACAAGAAGAAAUACACGGCAUUCGAAUCAGAGCAACAAGACUUCGACAGCAAGCUUACUUACAUUGAUACAAUCAAUGUUGCAACAGCAUUAUUAUCUGUUAUUCCAAAUUCACUGAAAUACUCCGAUUUCAGUGACGAAAAAGUCCUCAAAUGUAUUCUACUUCUCUCUGCCUCCAAUAAUAUUAAGAUUUCGAAGCUCGCGACGGGAGUAUUGAAUCAAAUUUUCUCCCAACAGAAAUCUUCUCAGUAUGUGAUCCAAGCGUGCAUCAAUUAUGCCCAGAUAUUCGAUCUCCCUGUCCUUAAGAUGCAUUGCCUCAACGUUUUGUACAAUUUAUUCUUGACAUACAAUUAUGAACCGAAUGACAAGAACAUUCUUGAGAUACAAGCACUGGGAUUAGUGUUCUUAUCAUCCAACAUCACCGUUGCGAGGUACUACGCCCUCAAUCUGUUGAAAUACAUCGCAUCAAAAUCAGAAGAUCAAAUUUGGUCGUUGAUUGAACUGAAUAAUGAGAUGAUUUGCGAGGCAUGCAAACUAACAAUCCUUGUAAUGGACACGCCGCCGAAACCAGUCAUCACGGCGCCGCCAAGAGGCAACAUUUCAUGGGAAAACGUUUGCUGUUCAAGAUACAACACUCUUUGGUAUCUAUUCUACGCGGAAAUCAUCAAUAUUCUCAUCGAGUACCACAUUGACUCCGUUUUCGACCUAAUUCGAGAAAAAUUAUAUCCGAAAUACAAAUCUAUCAUACAAGGAAACAUCGAUGAUACCUCCAAAGCAUCGAACAUCCUUGUCUUGUUCUUUAACACCUUCGCGCGUGACACAGAUCUCGAACCAGUCUCAUUUAGAAAACAAACCAUUGAUUACUACUUCAAUGAGGCUCUGAAAGCACCAAAGAACGCAGCACAGGUCGUAAUCAGUGCAAUGAAGCACUUUAACUGGCGCGUUCUCAUUAAUAAUUUGGUUUACAUCAGGAAUUUCCCUCCGGAAUUCAUUACUUUGACCGCAUCGACCAUGGCCUUCAUUAUCCAGAUGCCGAACAACUUCUCCCAUAUCUUAACGGCCUGUUUCCGUCCCUUCAUUGAAUUUCUUGCGAUGGUUCAAAGUUAUUUCGCUUCAAAUGGAGUAAACGGACCUCGCCAAAUCAUCUGGGAUGAAGAGCACCUCAAGUUACUCGAGAAACAUUCCGAAACCGCCGUAAAUUAUUGUAUCAUAAUCGCUGCAGUCUUCAACAACAUUCUUGACCAGAUUCCAGAAGAAGAAUGGCCAGUUGCGACCCGCCAGAUCAUUGUACAAUUCCUCUACCACUGGUGCCAGCUCGAAGACAAAGAAAACAAAGUGAGAUGUUACGCAGUCAACGCAUUAAUUCCUAUUAUGAAAGCCGGAACCAUUUUUACUGAUGGUUUCGAGUUCGAGCUCCCCAUGCUUGAGAUCAUAGCCGAAUGCCAAAGUGCCGGAUACGAUGUUCUUAGUUCUGUUUUGUUAUAUCAUUUUGAUUUGAUGUUUGACAUUUUUGUCAGACAAAUAUUUAUCAGGCCGCGAAGGGAAUCAUCCUUAUUCUUUGAAGCAGUACUAAGUUCAUUUGACGUAUGUGCAGAAGCACAGCAAAUGCAGGCACACGUUGGUUCUCUUUUGUUACUAACACAGUUCUGGGGAAGAGACAAUCCAGAACCAGCAAAACCGAUAUUAGUAACAAUUGCUGAUUUGUUCAUCGACCAAGCAACGAAUUCCGAUGUACAAAAGAUCAUACAGAAUGCGAAGAACUUGGAUUUCGUUCCUGUAAUGUUUUCUUUUGCAGCUGAACAAGUGAUUGAAGCUGGUUUAGAAAUCAUGAAAUCAACAAAAUUAGUAACAACUGUUAAAAACAUUGUUGCUAUUUUAGUUACAUGGUUUUCACAAAUCAGAGUUCUUCCAACGAACAAACACAUCAUACAAGGCAUUCCUUCUAAAUUUAGAAGGUUUAAUGUCAUCUCAUUCCUUAGAGCGAUGUCCGAUGUAUCCAAAUACAUCAAUGAAGAACAACACGAAGUAUUCAGUCAACUGUGGUUUGAACUAUUAAGAUUUGCUGAUAAUUCCAUUGUUGUUUUACUUUGUAUCUUUGAAUUCGAUGACACAUCGAUCAAAGAAAGAAUUUUCACGCAGCAACUCGAAAGAAAUCCACAGUUGAUAACGAAAUACCUCGCAAAGAGAUGCUCAUUCAGUUUCUGGUACUUCCUACAGACAGAACAGAACCAAAACAUUAACUCCAUCAUGUGGAUUCUCCCUGUUUUAACAAGAGCAUUCACUGAUUACGUAGAAACAGAAGAUUUGGUCGAAUUACAUUACACAACGGUUAUUCACUUCACUUUGCUAUUUAUAGAGAAAUCUUACAAGUUCUUUGAAGAUUUGAUCAGUGUUUUCGAACCAGAAUUUGCUGAUUCCGUUCUCCAACUAACACCUGAUUUAGAAGGCGGUGCAAUUAAUGUUGGAGAAGUUGCUUCGAAGAUUGCGGAAGGAUUACACGAAAUAGCACCACAAGCGAAUACUCAAUGGGCACAAGAAGCGUUCAAAUGGGGUGUCUGCUGCAAUGACAUCAAAGCGGGAACAAGAUCAUUAGUUGUUUUCAAUGCUUUGAGAGGCGAAUUCCUUCCAAACUACGCUCCAAUUCUCAUUGACGCCGCUGCUUACCAUAUACAACAUUCCAGCCAGGAUGAUUCAAGAGAUUUGGCCGCUUUCAUUGGCGAGUGCUUCUCCAUUUUGUACAACAACAUUGAUAACCCAGAAGUGACAUCAAUCGCAUUCCAGUUCGCUUCAGAAUGUCUCCACUUCAAAGAGAUUGGAGAUCAGUUCUUGAAGAGAGCGAUGCCGAUCUUCAAAUACUGCGCGUUCGAUACAGCGAUGGCUGCUUCUGCUAAAGAGUUAUUGAUUGACGCGUUUACACCUUUCGCGCCUGUUUUGGAAUCAGAAGCAGAAGCCCAGGAAUUACUCAAAGACAUUGCUGAUUUAAACAACGCUCCUGAAGCUCUUUUGAUUGCAGCUCCUUUCAUUAAACAUGGUUUGCCUUUCGUUGAUUUCGGAAUAACAUACGAAGAAAUCAUGGCAACUCCUUUCGAUUCACUUCAUUGCACUGUUGUUAUGAAGUUCUUCAUCGAAAUGCUGAGAAACGCCGGCCAACCAUUAGUUGACGCAAUCAUUGAUGUUUCUACAGAGUUGACAAGGAGAUUUGGCGAUUGCAUUCCUGCAGCAAUUCUCAACCAAAUUUACGUUGUCGCGUUGACAAAAGUCAGCCAAUUCAGGUCGGCAAUUAAUUUCAUCAUGUUGAUCACUGCUACAGAUCCAUCCAUUGCCACUGCAACACAGUCUGUUGAGAGCGAAAAUCAGCAUUCGUUUGCAGAACUCGCGAAGAAGAUCUCUUCUUUGGUUGGAGAUAACAGAGAUCAGUGCGCAAUCACGAAUUGCCAGUCAAUUCCUCAGUUGAGAGGAAUCAUUUCUCAGGAGAAUCCUCCAAAGAUUACUCCUUUCUCAACACAACACGAGAUGUUCGUGGGAUUAAAGAGAGCAGAGGAUACUUCGGGAUCGUCAAGAACAAGAAUCAAGAGAAUGUCUUCUUCUUGUUCAAUUGCUCGUGGUUUGUUGUUCGCUAAUUCAAAGACAACUGUGUUGAACAUGAUGCAACAAACACCAAAUAUCACUGUUAAACAGUUGCCAACACCAAUUGUUAAACAGGAGCUCUUCCAGAAACAAGAAACUUCACCACAAGAUUUCUUGUUAUCAAUAGAACAAUUCGCUCAACUUGGAAAUUAG